AUGUCCAAAUAUAUCAGUUCUGUGCGCGCAGCCCAACGUCUGGACUCUCGCGGCAAACCAACUGUUCAAGUCCAUAUCACGACCCCGAGCGGCACAUUUUCAGCUUUAGUUCCAUCCGGAGCAUCCAAAGGUGAUUACGAGGCCGUCGAGCUACGAGAUGGAGACAAAACGUUCUUCCAGGGCAACGGUGUCGCCAAAGCCGUGCACAAUGUCGAGCAGGUCCUCGGUCCGGCUUUGAUGAAAGAGAAUUUCAACCCGGCGACCGAUUUAAAGAAGAUCGAUGAGUUCAUGUGCAGACUAGACGGGUCAGACGACAAAGGCAACCUAGGAGCAAAUGCGAUCUUAGGGAUCAGUAUGGCAUGUGCCAGAGCAGGGGCAGCGGCAAAGGGAAUACCACUCUACGAAUUCCUCGCCAUCGAAGCCGACCUUGACACUUCCACCUUCAUUCUCCCAGUGCCAUUCUUCAACGUGCUCAACGGCGGCGUCCACUCUGGAAAUCGUAUGGCAUUUCAAGAAUUCAUGAUCGCCCCCGUCGGCGCCUCGUCCACGGCCCACGCCGUCCAAAUGGGCGCCGAAGUCUACUCACACCUCAAGACCACGAUAGUUCAACACUUCGGCCCCUCCGCCGUCGGCAUCGGUGACGAAGGAGGAUUUGCGCCCCCCAUCUCGGAGCCGCACGAAGCUCUGGACCUGCUCGUCUCUGCCAUCUCCAGCGCAGGCUAUACGGACAAAAUUAAAAUCGGCAUCGAUCCCGCGAGCAGCGAAUUCUUCAUCUCCGACAAGGACCGCUACAAUCUCGGGAUGAAAUGGGAAAGGGAUUCGCUCUUAGCUCGCGACGACAUGGCCGGCCUUUACCGCACCUUGUUGAGGAAAUACCCCAUCGUCCUGCUCGAAGAUCCAUUUGCCCAGGACGACUGGCCAUCCUGGACGGCGUUCAAUAAAGACUGCGGAGACCAAGUUGAGCUUGUCGGCGACGAUUUAUUGGCCACCAACGUCAAACGCAUCAACCUAGCCCACGACAAGCGCGCAUGCAACGCCUUGCUAUUAAAGAUCAACCAAAUCGGCACGAUCAGCGAGGCUAUCGCGGCAGCCAAACGUGCGUACGAACUCGGCUGGCACGUCUUUGUCAGUCAUCGCAGCGGUGAGACCACGGAUGAUUUUAUCGCUGAUCUGACGGUUGCGCUGGGCACUGGCCAUCUUAAGAGUGGAAGUCCCUGCCGAGGCGAGAGGGUGGCCAAGUAUAAUCGCCUGAUGGAUAUUGAAGAUGAGAUCCAAGAGAGGGAGAGAGAAGGGAAGAAGGCGGUCUAUGCCGGGGAGCAAUUUCAGACCGAGGGCCGAGAGAAAGCUAGAUCGUAG